AGAAGAAUUUUAAAGCCCGUAGCCUAACCCACGCUCCAUCCCUUUCUCAUUCCUUUCUUUUAUUUUUCUUGUUUAUUCUCGAAUGAAACACACCCUUCCCAGCAUAUUGGCCAUGUAUUUGUUGCAGGCAGGCAAAUCCCAUCCCAGCGUGUUCUGGUUUUUGCAGUUUAGGGUUUAAUUGUUGCUGAGUGGAGAAUUGUAAGCAGCUCAAAAAAAAGUGCACAAUUUUGGCACCAAAUCUUCACCACCACCAGGAUUUAAAUCCUGGUUUCGAACCAAGGCUCUUUUGCGUAGUAGGAACUUCUGCUUCGGUGGGUUGAAUAUUAUUGGGUUGUCAAAUUAAAAUGGGCAGCAAAAGCAAGAGAAAGACGCAUUUCGAUGACACAAGCGAUGACGAUUCGUCAUUGUCGUCUUCUUCAAGCUCUGAGGAAUCUGAACGCUCUUCAAAGAGGCACCGGCGCCACCGCCACAGAAAAGACGAUAGUUCGAGAAGAGAGAAAGAAAGGAGAAGGGAAAGGAGAGAGAAACGGAGAAGCAAGAGAGAGACGAGGAGAAGGAAAUCCAAAAAGGAGGACAAUAAGAAGAGGGCUUAUGGGGUUGAUGAUGACUCUGGUUCUGGGGGGUCAUUAAGUGGUGAUGAUUCAGACCCAGGUAGGAGUCGGGCUGAACCGCAAGCCAUUUUGCAAGGCUUGUUCAACGACUUUCCCAAUGUUGGGAAUGAUUUGAAACAGCUUUUAGAAAUGAUUGAUGGUGGGCAAGCAGUUGACAUCAAGGGAAUAUCAGAAAGAUCUUUGAUUAAGCAUCUAAGGAAGUUGUUCCUUGCAUUGAACCUGAAGCAAAAUGAUGGAGUUUUUUUGCUGGCUUCAAAUGUUCGUCCCACUUUGGAGGUUGUUGGGCUCAUGAUUCAAACAUCCUUAGAACCUAAAUCUGGACUGAAUGAGAUGCAUCCAAAACAACUGGAUGAGGAACACAGACAAGUGGCUGGUGAAAGUAAUAGGACAGUGCCAUGCAUGGAGGAUGAUGAUACUGGUCCCAAAAGAAGGGCAAUUGGCCCUGCGAUGCCAUCAGCUGAGUUACUUGCUGCUGCAGCGAAAUUGACAGAUGCACAGGCUGAGCUCAGAGAAGCCGAGUUGGAAGAAGAUAGUGAAUUUUUUAUAGGACCUCCACCGCCUGCUAUGGUUGCUGAAACUGCUUCAGCUAAUGAAGCUGAGCGGUUCGAAGAGGUUACAAGGAUCAUGGAUGCUGCAGAUGAUAGUCUAUAUGAUAUUCUAGGAGCAAACCAAAAUAUGUCUGCUGAGAAUAUAAAGAAAAGGUAUUGGAAGAUGUCUCUUUUGGUGCAUCCUGAUAAAUGCUCGCAUCCUCAAGCUCAACAAGCAUUUGUUAAGUUGAAUAAAGCUUUUAAAGAAUUACAAGAUCCAGAUAAGCGGAAAGUGCUGGAUGACAAGAUUAAACUCAAGGAGGAACAUGAAAGAUUUAAGGUUGAGUUGAAAGCAAUGCGUGAGGCUGCACAGUGGAGAAAGUUACAAGGAAUAUCUAUGGAGGGUGAUGAUGAGCUGCUAGCAGACAUGGAUGUUAAGGUGGCACCAAAAAGAGAUGAGUGGAUGACAACGCUGCCACCUGAAAGGAAACAUGGUAUGCCUCCUACACAAUCAACCAGAUUCAACAAGAGCACUAAAGAAGGACGCGGUGAUACCAGUGCUUGGACUGAUACCCCUUCAGACAGAGCCCAGAAAGCUAAGAUGGGUUACUUGGAGGCGUAUAAUGAGGCUGCAGCCCUUGCUUCAAAUGAGGAGGAAAAGAAAAAGCAGAGUUCAGAUGCAGAAUUGGUGGACAAAUACAAUAAAGAAAAACGAUCAAAAUCAUUGGUGCAAAAACACAAAGAGGAGACUGCAAAGCGUUCAAAGAGAAAAUUCAAGCAACAGACAGAGGAGGACUGGGUGGGGAAACAUCCGUGGAAGCCUUGGGAUCGUGAGAAGGAUUUGUCAGGUGGGAGGCAAAGUGUAAAAUUGGAUUCAGAAAACAUGAAUCAAGCUUUAACGUCACGGUUUUCUUCAGGCUCAUUUGAGAGAAACUUCCUUUAGACACGAAUUGACGAGCGUUCGGGUUUCUCUGAACACUUAUCAGACAAAUUCCUUGUAGACAUGAAUGGAUGAGUUGCCUUGUAUUUGUAGAUGCAUGAUUAUAGUCCUGUCAUUUUUCUUGUUUGUAAACAUGUUAGAUUAGAUUUAUAAUUGAAAAAUAAAACAUGGAAAAAAUUAAUGAAAUGCGCUUACAGAGAGUAA